AUGGUGGUUUGUGGUUGUAAUGGUGGCCAACAUGAGAAGCUUACUUGUCCCCCGGGUAACCUGAAGGAGUGUAUUGAUUGGAUUCUGAGGGUGACGAAUAAGGAUGGGAAGAAUGGUGGUGGUCAGAAUUGUGCCACUAAACUCGGUAAUAAAUUAAAGGAGUUACUUGAACAAGCUAAAGCAGAUGCCACUGAGAAACUUGACAAUGAUCAAAAAGUGCUUAAAGCAGUAAAAGAACAGUUGAAUGGUGGUUCUUUGAUCACCAAUUUGGCCACAAAGUUGCAAAAUUUCAUUGGUUACAAUAAUGGUGGUGGUUCCGUGUCCGGUGACGGUAUUGGUAACCCCGCUAAUGGUGGUUCCGGUUCUAAUAAUAAGUACACCUCAUCCUAUGAAGGCGCUGAAUGGAAUGGGACUAACGCUGCCAACCUUUGCGCUCGCAUCUUCCUCGGCACUAUCCCCUUAAUUUUUUCUGGUUUGAGUUAUUUGUAUUGGCAAUGUAAUAGUGGUCGUGGUGAAGGUAAUGAUAGCGAAGAUAGUGAUAGCGGACCACUUACAAGAUGGUCCAAUGAAACUAAAAUUAAUAGUACCAAUGCAGGUAUCGGCAUAUACUUCGCCUCCUGUGGUUAUAAAAAUGAUGAACUACAAAAUGAUAAGAAAGCUGAAGAUGUCAAAAAUUUACUUGGUACCAAUGGCAAACCCAAUCAUUUCAAAGAAUUCAGUGAAGCAUCAACUAAAACCCUUAAGCAAUAUAACGAUAAGGCCGUGGGUCCAGAUGGCGCCAAAGGUGACACUAAAAUAAUCCAAUCCCCCUACUCCAUUUUCAUACAAUAUAUCACUGAUACGAACACUAAGGGUUUACUAAAUAAUGUUGGUAACUCUAACAAAACAUCACCCGACACCUACCCCCUCUCCACUCUCUACCUCGCAUCACAAUACUAUUUUCAAUAUAAAUUCAACAAUGCUGGUACCCAUGUCCCAACCACCAUUAGGGAAAUGCUCUACUGGCUAAUGGCGCUGCCCUACAGUGAGUGUUUCCAGCUAGCACCUGCAACUAUUCAACAGGGUAUUAAGAAACAUGGUAUUUGUGAUACACCGGAUGAUGAAAGUGAUUUCAUCGAUGAUGGUAUCACCUUAAAGCCUACUGAUCCCCUCGACUGUCUUAUAUUAACAUCGUGCCAUUACGCCGCUGUGGUCCUAUCCACUAUCCAAGGAACAAUUUGUGACAAUACAACACCUAAAUCCCCAAAGGGCCUCCAUGACAUCUACUCUAAUUCUGCUUUCAACUUUGAAUAUCCCACUACAGCUAAUGCCCUAUUCCCUGUUCUAUGGGACAUUGUCUCGGCUGUCUAUUCCCAAAUUUAUUUUCUCAUGUGGCAAUGUCUAAAUUGCCCUUACAAUGGCGGUUGGAAAUAUUGCAAAUAUGGUGAAGGUAUACAAUAUGACAACGUUAAAUCUUGGAUAUGCACGUCUCCAGGGGGUCAACAAACUGCAUCAUCUCAUAACUGUAACACCGACAAUUGCGCCACUAAACAUACCAAUUGCGGCAAAACCUCCGACAACCUCUCCCCCCUCCAAGCAUUCCUAUGUGAUUAUCUUACACCAUUCCAAUGCNUUCGAUGA